AUGGAAGAACUUACAGCUUUUGUAUCUAAAUCGUUUGACCAAAAAAGCAAGGAGGGCAGCGGCAGUGGCAGCGGCAAGAAGGAGACCAUCACCUACAGGGAAGUUUUGGAGACAGGCUUGGCUCGGGCCAGGGAGCUGGGGAACUCUGACAGCAACCUCCAGGACAUUACAGACAACAGCAAUCACUGCCCGCUCCAUCUCUACAAAGAGCACACAGACAUUGACAAGGACAAGCUCAAAGACUACAGCACGAGCAGGAUCUCUGAAGGCAUCUAUGAGUGCAAAGACAAGAGGGACGAUGUGAAAUCCGAGGAUGAGGAUGGGCAAACCAAACUGAAACAGAGGAGAAGCAGAACGAAUUUUACAUUGGAGCAGUUAAAUGAACUUGAAAGACUGUUUGAUGAGACUCACUACCCUGAUGCUUUUAUGAGGGAAGAGCUGAGCCAAAGGCUGGGACUCUCUGAGGCUAGGGUGCAGGUAUGGUUUCAGAACCGAAGAGCAAAAUGUAGAAAACAAGAAAACCAAAUGCAUAAAGGUGUGAUUCUGGGAACAGCAAGUCAUUUAGAAACAUGUAGGGUUGCGCCGUAUGUGAACAUGGGAGCGUUGAGGAUGCCUUUCCAACAGGUAGCACAUUUAUUAUUUGCAUUUGGUGGAGGAAAGCAUGUGGGUUCGAAUAUAAAGCCCAAUACCUAGAAUGUAUUAUGUUCAACAUUUUAGACAAUAUUUAAAAUCAUUACAGUUAACAAAAAGAGAUGCUACCUAAAGCAGUCAGAUUGUCUGGCACAAACAAUAACAUGAAAGCUAG